AAAUGGCGAUUCGAAGUCGUAAUUUUGAGAGCUGUCUUUUUUUCAGUAAUAAUAAAUAACAAAUAUUUAGAGAAUUAUAAACAGAGGUGAUAAAUUGCGAUUUAGAUACAUCGAGUUCAUUCCAUUUUCGACCAUUCAUUUAACGGAUCCGUUCUACUUGGAAUAAAUUCGAUUGGUCAGAUUCAGUUUCUAGUUAGCUCCUGAAUCCGGAAUCUGUCGGUGUUUUAGAAUACCGAAAAUAUGAACUCGAUGUAGAAUUAACAAAUACUCAGAAAAGCUUCUGUUCUGUCAAAAACGUGUUCUUAUGCGGAUCAAUUGUUUUUGUUUACCUUGUGUUAAAGUGUGUUUUCGAGUUGAGUGCAAGUAAUAAAAGAAAUUCUUGCAGUAUCUUUAUUUCUAUCUUUUUGGAAUCAUUCCUCUUAAGCACAGAAAUAUGGAGCAGCAGGAAUGGAUGGAUGUUUUUGCUAGCCAUGGCGAACCUUUGUUUGAAGCAAUAGUUAGAGAUUCUUCAGAUGAUAAUUCUGAUGGUGAAACUUUAGUUGAGGCUAUAGCUGAUUUUUUGAAGAAUAAGUUUACUGCAGUUUUCAAACCUGUUACAAAACCGAAGGGUUCAUUGACACCAGAUCCUCUUCCACUUGUGCCACCAGAAAUAUAUCGCCCAGGUAUUGAUAAACUAAAAAGACGGAAGCUAUUUUAUAAACAUUUAUUGCGCUGUGAUGUUUUGUAUUUACAAGUGAUUAAUUGUGAUGAUGAAGAAAAUUAUAAGUGUUUGGCUUUGGCAAAACAUGGGGACUUACUACAAAUUGAUGAUUUAUCUCUUGUUUUCUACUUUCCAAAAUUGCCUCCCGAGUUGAAGCUUCUAGGAGAAGAUUUAUGCAAGUUUGAUUUAAUUAGAGGUGCUUUCUGGUCCUGUGAUCAUUGGCAGAGAAAAUUGUUUGUGACUCUUGAUAUUUCAGUAUUUAGCGAAGAAGAGAGAGAAAAAAUUCCACAGCUUGGUAAGAUUACACGAAAAGAUCUACCACAUUAUGUUGAUGGUAAAAAGGUUGGAAUGACAUAUGCAGGUUAUGUAGAACGAUCAGCAAGUUUCAGGGAGCCAGACUACUGCAUAAAUGUGUUACAGGAUUGCUUGGGAACUGAUGCCAUGUGCUUUACUUCAUUUUUUGAAGAAAGAAAUAAGAAAACUUAUCCAGCAUCUGAAAGUCUUGCUGAACUUCAGAAAAGGCUUCAUCCAGAUCCUUCGCUUGCAAGAUUGAUCCAAUCAUUUGAAUAUUUUAGAACUGGUGAUAUGUUUCAAGCACUUUAUUAUGCUAAUAAAGCCUUAAUGAUUAAUCCAGAUAGUGUUCAAGCUCGUGUUACCAGAGGAACAAUAUAUGCCAAUUUGGGGAAACUAAAGAAAGCUUUUCGUGAUACAGAAGAUGCCUUAAAGAUAGAUCCAGAUAAUGAGACUGCAAGAAAACAGAUGUCAGAGUUGUUAGUCUCUGCUUCAAGGAUUUAUCUAUGUGACAAGGAGUAUUCAAGGUGGCGUGAUUCCCUGCUUUUAGCUAAGAAUUAUAAUCCAGAUAACUGUGAAGCUGAAGAAUUGCUGUCAAAAACAAAAUAUGAAACUCUUUCUGACGGUGAAAAUAUUCCUGUAAUUGAAAUUUGUCCUGAAGAUGAAACUCGUCCUGAAGAUGAAACUAAUCCCCAACCUGUGAAAGUCUUUAUUCCGCCAUCACCAGAAGAUGUGCUUCCUAUAUAUAAUAGAAUUUCACUAAGAGUGGAUAAAGCAAGACUUAUAAAACAGUAUAAGAAGCAACGAAGAGAAAAGCGGAGGCGUGACCAGCGGCGUAAUACUGUGCGCCGUAAACGAACCUUAGCAGUGGGGACAGUGACCAAUAGUCAACCAAUCCCUACCACUACUUCCAGAAGACCGAUUUUCCACAAGCCAAGCCCCGCAGCGUUUCGAAGACCUUUUCCUCCAAGAAAUAACCCUUGAACGUAAAGCGUUUGAAAAAGUCAUUCAAAACAAAAUCAUCCAAAUAAUUCGUCUAUAUUUAAUUCACCUCUGAUUUAUCACUAACAUUUAUAUCAAAAUAGACCAUGAGAAUGAUUUUUUCCCCAUUCUCGGGCAUGUUUUUUCUUUUAUAUAUAUAUAUUUGUUGAAAGCAGGAUGAAUUAAGUAGUUAUUAUUUGAACUUUUUAAUUACUGAAGAUCUCUGUGGUAUGCUCCAUUUUUUUUAAAAUAUAUUAUGUGCUUGAUUUCAUUUGUAAAUUAUGGUUGUUUUUCACAUUGUAUACAGUCAUAAAGCCAUAUUUUUGUAUCCAAUAUUGCAAAUCAUGUAUUGUAUCAAAUAUUUUUGUUGUUUCAUAUAUGUGGGUUUUUUUUUAUCCUUUCUGUAAAUUUUUUAAUUAAAAAUCAUGUUACCAAUUUACUUUUUUUUUUUUUUUGCAGCUUGUUUAUUAGGGUUGUAGAUCUACAGUACUGCUUGAAAUUACUGUUUUAAAGUUGUGUUUUCCUUUUUUUUUUUUUUUUUUUCUCUAAUUCGCUUACUUUUUCACUCCGAGAGUUCAUUAACAGACAAAAAUGGGGGAAAAAAGACAGAAAAUGAAUCAAAAAGCAAGAGAGGCAGAGUUCAGGGUUAAUAUUUGGGUAGCCCAUGAACACACAACUGAUAUUUCAUAUUUAGAGAUAUCAAAUCUGCAGUUCCACCAGAACUUGGCUUAGAUUGCGAGCACCUGAUCUAUUUUAACUCCCAUCCCGAGUUCAACUUCUGUUCUUGCAAAAAUAACUCGGUACCAGCAAAAAUUUCAAAUCCAAAAUUCUCAAUUAUUUUUGUUAUAGUUGAUUAUGUAACUGUAAUGUAAAAAAAAAAAGCAUUAUUUUAUUUUUUAAGUUUUUUUUAUAAUGGAAAUAAUGUUUGGACUGUUGAUAUUUGAAUGAUUUAUGUCAACUUUCUGAAAAGAUAAAGAUUUUAAAAUUUUACAUUUGGAUUUAAAAUAUAAAAAUUUAGGUUACUUAUGAGUAGGGAUUGCAAUAUCGGACCAAAAGUUCAAUACCGGUAUUCGGUAUUUUUUUAGAUUUUAAUACCGGGAUACCGGUUUUUAAUACAGGUAGUAGAAAUUUUAGAAAAAGAAAGAAAACACAUGUGUUUCUUUGUUUUAUUUGCCAGUUUGAUUAGAGAGUGUAAAUAUCACAAAAAAUAAUUUGCAACUUAUAAAUUAUAACAGUAUAUAAAGAAUCACAAAAAAGUAAAAGAACAUCUUAUUUAUUUAAAUCCCAAAAAAGUGUAAAUAUCACUAUUCAGUCUGGGCUACUAUUACAAAUUUUUGAAAUGUGAUCUUAAAAAAUAUAAUGCAUCAAUUGUACUGUUAUUAAGCCUGGAACGUAAUUUUGUGCAAAAAUUACUAGCUGUCGAAAACACUCUUUCGGCAUAUACGUUAUUUGGUGAUACUCUUAGCAAUGCGUGAUAUACUUUUUCCAAGUAUUUACCACUAAAUCCCUCUUCAAAUUAAUCUAUUUGUCGUCGGAUGAUUUCGGAUAUAGCUGAUUUCUGUAUUGUAAUUCUGUUUGUUGAAAUUUUUUUUUUAUUCAUCGCUAAUUCUAAUUUUUGUUCAAGAGACAAUUCCUUUUUUAUAUCACUAUUAAUGUCAUCAUAAUCUUCAAUAACUGUAUCGAAUUCUUCUGAAUGUGAAUAGGUUUGUGAGUAAAAAAUUUUAAUAAAAUUUACUAUAAACUUGAUCAGA